GAUAGUCAUCAUUGGAAUGCAUUGGAAAAGUCAACAUGAUUGGUCACAAUUGGAAUAGUGCUUUGUACCACUUGUUCGGUACUAUCAAAAGUUUUCGUUGGAUACUAAAGAAAGCUGAAUCUAUAUGGAUAGAACAAGCAAGAAACAACUCUUUUUCAUUUCAGUUGCAACGUCACACAACUUGCACAAACGGUUGGCAGACAUAUUAUCGUUCACCACUAGAAAAAAGUCCCUGCCAACCCCGCUCUUUUUUAUUGCAAAGAGAGUUUACUUCUAAUGUCCACUCCAGGACUAAUGAAUCGGUUAGAAAGUUUAAGGAGGUACUUUUGGUGAACGAAAAAGGUGAAAGAGUUGGAGUGAUGAGCGGAGAACAAGCAUAUCAAUAUGCAGCAAAUGCACAACAAGAUGUGAUGGAAGUAUCUGCGAAAGCUGCACCUCCAGUAUGGAAACUGGUUGAUCUGAAACAAGUGCUUAGAGCUAAUAGACUGCGCGAGAAAAUGGAAAGAAAACAAGCGGUAGAACAGAGAAGAAAGUCUGAAGUGAAGGAAAUACGAAUUUCUCCAGCUAUUGAUGACCACGAUUUUCAGGGAAAAGUUGAUAGAGCCAAGGAAUUUUUGAGUACCGGGAGACGGGUUCGUUUUUCUGUACGGUUUAGAAGAGGACAAGGAAAAUAUGCUUCUCGUUUGGAGUCUUUAGCGGAGAGAAUCAAAGAACAGUUGAAAGAUAUUCCGUGUACAAUACAAGUGAAACGGAAACCUAGACCUCCUCCCAGGGAAGGCGCCUCAACGCAGAACACUACUCAUGUUUCACAACUGGAAGAGGAACAAGAUCCUUUCGAACUUUAUAUUGAGCCAACAAGUAAAUAACUGCAAAAGUUUUCUUAUCUAAUUU